UCAAAAGUUUAAAUUUGAGUGUAAAAAAUGUAAACACAAGCGUUGAGUGCCAUAAUAUUGAGCUUGGUUCCUGGUAAUUUCAUCUUUUAUGAAAAUAUGGAAAAUCCACCCGAGAUAUGUUUUAUAUGUGCGGACGAGACGAGCUCGGACUACCGAAACCUGUUGCAGCUGGUAACAAAAUAUUCAGGCACGCUAGUAUAUAAAGUGAUCGAACGUUUUCUCGGUGGAGAUUUGUCGGAAAGCGUCGCAGGUUUGAUCGCCUCUGUCAUCUGCCAAGAAUGCGUAGUGAAACUGAACGACUAUGAUGCGGCUUACACCAAGGCAAUAAUUAUCCAGAAAGAGUUUACCGAUUUGCUGAAGAAAAGCCUAACGCUUGUAGGCAGUAAGAUCUGUGUGAAUGAGGUUUAUUUAAAAAAGGAACCGGAAGGUUCAUAUAUUGACGAUAUUGUGGAAUGCGAUCAGACACUAGUGGAUGAUUCGGUUGCUGGUGAUGUUCAAUCUGUCGCCAGGUCGGAAGAAACGGUGUCAAUGAAAUGUAAUACCUGCGGAGAGAGUUUCCGGUCGAUGAACGAUAUGCGAAAUCAUUCCCACAAACCUAAGGCGGAUGAAGAACCGAAGGAGGAACCAGAUGAGGAAAUAGAAUUUCGUUUAGAGUUUUUAGAUGAAUCGGAUAAUUUCAGUUUGGGUGAUAUUGAGUAUAUCGACGAAGAACGUUUGUAUGAAGAUGAUAAUGACUCCAUGGUUGAAGAUAGUACUGGAGCAGAUAAAGACACUGAUUUUGAAGGAAGACAACAUGAAGCAAAAACUAUAAUUACUAAACAGAAGCUAGAUCCAGCAAGGAACAGAUGUGCAGAAUGCGAUAUUGAUUUAGGUUCAAAAAUAAAAUUGAAGAGACACAUCCGAGAUAAACAUUCUGCAAAUCGCGAUGCCAGUGGUGAUCACGUGUGUCAUAUCUGUGGUGUAACGGUAAAAACUAAAUCCCAUCUUACCGCACAUGUCUCCAGGCAUGGCCGAAUUUUCGAUUUCACAUGCGCUUUUUGUGGAAAGAAAUUUCAAAGCAAUGGAGCAUUAUUACGGCAUCUUCCCAUGCAUACAGGCGAGAAACCCUAUCAAUGUGAACAGUGCGGUAAGCAAUUUUGCCAUCAGUCUUCAUUCAAUAUGCAUCGGCUUAUGCAUGAUGAUAUACGAGAAAAAAAGUGUGAAAUUUGUGGCUUUCGGUUACGUAAUGGAUCGCACCUGAAGCGGCACAUGCGUAUCCAUUCUGGAGAAAGGCCCUUUGAGUGUCCAACGUGUGGCCAGAAAUUUGCUCAAAGGUACAAUAUGACUGCCCAUUUGAAAGCACAUCAGGGAAUCUACCGCGAACAGUCAAGAGUCUACAAAUGUCCUUUAUGUGAUCACACGUUUCAACGAAAGCUGAAAUUGCAGGAGCAUUUGACUCGGGAACAUAACACAACGGUUGAUUCAGUGCUGUUGAAACCGUUGGAACGCACAAAGAUCAACAAAAAAGAUGCGAACGUGAUAAAAUUUGUCACCGAUGAUAGCGCAAAACUAAUAGGUACUUAAUUAUUAUUUGUCUUGUAUUAUAAUGUUAAAUAUACAAUUGUAUUAAACUCA